AUGUCAGGAUUCGGACAAAAGAUUUCAAACAAGGUCGAGGAGUGGGUCGAGGGCGACCAGGGUACCCAUGGUACUCACGGUAACGCCUCCACCAACCCCGGCGCUACCCAAGGAACCGCUGCCUACAACGAGGGCUCUUAUGGCAACCCCGAUGCCACCCGAGUCCCCGGUCAGUCUGACAACUUCCGACCUACCGGAACUUCUUCUGACCCCCAGACUUUUGAUCCCGUUUACGGCAACUCUGCCAACAACGCCAACUCUUACUCCACUGAUGCCACCACCGGUGUGAACGGUACUCGAGCAGGUGCCCCCGCCCAGGCUGGUCAGGGCUACGGCUCUUCCGCCACUGGAACCCACGGUACUCACGGUACUCACGGUACUCACGGUACUCAUGGUACUCACGGUACUCAUGGUACUCAUGGUACUUCUGGAACUCACGGUGCUCAGUCUGGCUACGGUUCUUCAGCUACUGGAGCUCAGUCUGGCUACGGUAACUCCGCUACUGGUGCCGAGUCCGGAUACCGAAACCCCGCUACCGGCGCUACCACUUCUACUGGUGCCCAGCCUACCGUUGGUACCCACGGUCACCACGGCCACCACGGUGCUUCUCACGGCACCCACGGUACCUCUAAGACCGGCUCCACCUCCGACUACGGUUCUGCUACCGGUGGAUCUGGAAUCGGCGGAGGCGCCGCUGGAGCCGCUUCCGGUGCUCCCGCUCCUGUUUCUGACGGUGGUCUUGGCCGACCUGCUGGAACUUACUCCGAGCAGGGUGCUCCUCACUACAAGUCCCACGGAGGUAAGGAAACAGCCUCCGAUAAGAUCCACAACGAGAAGGUGAAGCACCAGCUGGGCACUGGAUCUCACGGCUCUUCUACCGGCGCUCAGACCGGCUACGGCUCUUCUACUGGCGCUCAGACCGGCUACGGCUCUUCUGCCACUGGUGCUGGUGCCGGUGCUGGUGCCGGUGCUACUGGCGCUGGUGUCGGCUCUGGAUCCCACGGUACUCACGGUGCCCGUGGAACCGGAUCGGAUGCUUACGGCAAGAACACUUCUUCCACUGGCUCUGAUGCUUACGGAAAGAACUCUUCUUCUACCGGAACUCACGGAAAGGAUGCCUACGGCAACGACGCCUACGGAAAGGACUCUACUACUGGACCCCACAGCGGCACCCAUGGUAAGGAGGCUUCUCUCGGCGAGAAGUUCCUCUCUCACAUCCCCGGUACCUCCGAGUACGAGGAGCGAAAGGAGGGUGUUCCCCUUGGAACCACCAAGGAGCAGGAGCAGUUUGAGAAGGAGGCUAAGAAGGGCUCUUCCGCCUACGACUCCACUGGCAAGCACGGUUCCACCGGCACUUCUGCCUACGACUCCAAGACGGGCACCACUGGAAAGCACGGAACUACUGGAAACACCGGUUCUUCGGCUUACGAUUCUACUGGCACGAAGACUGGCUCGCACACCGCCUCUGGUGUCGGUUCCAACUCGGAGUACAACACCAAGACCCGAGCCAACCAGGGCCAGUCUGGUGAGAAGGUCUUUGAGCACCACCACCACCACCACCAUCACCAGGAUGGAGCUGGAACUGGUACCGGCUCUGGUAUCGCUCAUCCCACUCUGGGCCGAAACAACGAGGAGCUUCUGCAGCCUGGUCAGGAGGGCAUCAACCCUACCUCUCUCGGUGCUGCCGAGGGCGGAAUCCAGCCCGGUGCUGGUCUCGCCGGCGGCCAGGGCAUCAACAACGCCCGAGUUCUCUAA